AAGGACGCCAUGUUGAAACUUCUGCAAAUCAGAUGUCACGUGACCAUAUAAUUUCUGUCAUCAAACUCCAGGAAUGACUGAAGCAAAAGCAUUUAUUACUUUUGCAUUUCGUUUUGAAUACAUAGAACGUAUUUUCUAUAAAAAUAUAUGAAGUGACAUUUCUUACUUAUUGAGAAAAUUGUGUUUAUACAGUGCGAGAUUUUAUGAAAAACAGCGAGACAUCACGAGGUUUCAAAGUUUACCGGUGCGAACAUGGCAGGUCGUAUUGUCGGCGUUUUCCGUCAGGUUUCAAGACUAAGCAACAAGUUAAAAGCAGAUGCUGGUUUCAAGAGAGCAUUUUCUUCAACAAAUGUCAUGAACUAUGGCAAAUAUCUCAACUACAAGGUUGAGGAUGGUAUUGCAGUGGUCAAAUUUGAUGAGAAAGAUGCUAAGGUAAACACAUUAUCUCGAGGAACUAUGGAUGAGUUUAAGGAGGUAUAUAAAGAAAUAUCUAAUUCCUCAGAUGUGAAGGGCAUUGUCAUCAUUUCUGGCAAACCUGACUGUUUCAUAGCAGGGGCAGAUAUCAAUAUGAUAAAUGCCUGCAAGUCAGCAGCUGAAGCUACAGAACUGUCAAAGAAUGGUCAGGAUAUGUUUAAUGAGAUAGAGGCUCUCAAAACACCAGUGGUAGCAGCUAUAAUGGGAACUGCUCUUGGUGGAGGGCUUGAGACUGCCUUAGCGUGCCACUACAGGAUAGCAGUGAACAAUAAGAAGACAUCAAUGAGCUGUCCAGAAGUUAUGCUAGGGUUACUGCCUGGUGCUGGAGGCACUCAGAGGCUACUUAAACUGCUGCCAUUUCAAACAGCAAUGCCAAUGAUGCUGACUGGAAAAUCUUAUGAUGCAAAGAGAGGGAAGAAGAUUGGACUUGUUGACAUGGUUGUGGAACCUAUCGGUGUUGGAUUGAAGAGUGCAGAUGAAAAUACCCUGCAAGAAUUGGAGAGAGUUGCAAUCCUCACAGCAAAAGGAUUAGCUGAUGGUACAGUGAAAAAGCCAAAAAGAGAGAAAAAGGGGUUAAAUAAAUAUAUUGAUAAAUUUGCCAGUAUGAAAAUUGGAGAUGUGUUUUGGGAGACUGGAGUUAAAAAGAAAGUCAUGCAACAAACAAAAGGCAAAUACCCUGCACCAUUGAAAAUUAUUGAGGUGGCCAAAACUGGUGCAGUGGAAGGUGCUGAAAAAGGAUAUGCUGCAGAAGCAAAGGCAUUUGGAGAGCUAGCUAUGACAUCUGAAUGUAAAGCAUUGAUUGGAUUGUUCAACGGACAGACAGCGUGUAAGAAAAACAGGUUUGGUAAACCUGAACGCGAAGUCAAGACCCUGGGAAUGUUAGGAGCUGGUCUGAUGGGGGCAGGUAUUGCCCAGGUUUCUAUAGAUAAAGGAAUAGACGUAAUUCUUAAGGAUGUCACACAGGCUGGCCUCGCCAGAGGAGAGGACCAGGUCACUAAGGGACUUGAUACUAAAGUUAAGAGGAAAAAAAUUACUAGUUUUGAGAAGGACACAAUAUUAACUCAUUUGGAUCCCACAACAUCAUAUGAGCAUUUUAAAAAAUGUGAUAUCAUAGUUGAAGCUGUAUUUGAAGAUCUGAAACUUAAACAUAAAGUAGUUAAGGAAGUAGAACAGAAAAUCCCAGAACACUGUAUAUUUGCUUCAAACACCUCUGCAUUGCCAAUUACACAAAUUGCUGAAGCCAGCAUUAGACCGGAAAAGUUUAUUGGUAUGCACUAUUUCUCACCAGUUGACAAAAUGCAGUUAUUGGAGAUUAUUACUACAGACAAGACGUCCAAGGACACAGCUGCUUCAGCAGUGGCUGUUGGGUUGAAACAAGGAAAGGUUGUGAUUGUAGUGAAGGAUGGUCCAGGGUUCUAUACCACCAGAAUACUUGCUCCAACACUAUCAGAAGCUGUUAGAUGUCUACAGGAAGGAGUAUCCCCAACAAAGUUAGACUCAUUGACAAGGGAGUUUGGUUGGCCUGUUGGUGUAGCUACAUUGGCAGAUGAGGUGGGCAUAGAUGUAGCAGCUCAUGUGGCCGAGGACCUCGGCAAGGCUUUCGGUCCAAGAUUUGGUGGUGGUAAUAUCAACGUCCUUAUAGAUAUGGUCAAUGCCGGAUAUCUAGGUCGUAAGUCUGGGAAAGGUGUUUAUAUUUAUGAAAAGGGAAGUAAGGCAAAACCAGAGAAUGAUCAAGCUAAGCAGAUCCUUGAGAAAUACAGAUUAACACCAAAAGAAACUGUGACAGAUGAAGAUAUCCAGUUCAGAUUAGCCUCUAGAUUUAUUAAUGAAGCUGUAAUGUGCUUACAAGAAGGCAUCUUAGAAAAUCCUUUGGAAGGUGAUAUUGGUGCAGUAUUUGGACUUGGUUUCCCACCAUUCCUUGGAGGACCUUUCCGAUACAUAGAUUUACACGGUGCACGUCAGCUUGUAGAUAGAAUGUUGAAAUUCCAGCAGUGGUAUGGAGAUGAAUUCAAACCAUGUCAGUUGUUGUUGGACCAUGCCAACGAUUCAAGCAAAAAGUUCCAUAAAAACUGAUAAACCACAUUGUGUUAAAUUUGAUAAGGUUAAGAUUUACAAAUUUAUUAUAUAAAGAUGUGUAGGAAAGUGUUAAAGGAGAUGGGAGCCAAAAACUGGACCAAAUUUAUAACCAGUUUAUUUCUGUGAUCAAAUUGACAUUUUUCUGUUCUUGUUUAUAUAUAGAGAGUCUUGUAAGAGAUAUAAGAAAUUGUAUGUGAUUUUGUGGAGGAAAUAGUUUGUCUUUAUAUGUGCUAGUUAAAUGAUUAUAUUAGUCUCUUUCUGCCGAUCUGUUUGACUUCAACAAAGAAAACGUCAAUGUAUGUAUACAUGUACUGUGAGCAAACGGAAAGUUUCAUGUGAAGAGCAUUUAAUAAUGUGAGUUUACAUGUCAGACGAUUUGUUACAUUUGGCAUACUUUUAUUUUCUAUACUGCCUUAUCAUUCAAAGUAAUAAAACAGUUCAGUGUAUGUGUUAUUUCUCAAGACAACAAACGUGAGAAUCUUUCAUGAUGUCACAAUUUCUGUAAUCUAUAUGCUUCACCAUUGUACAUGUAUAUUUUUUGUUUGAUAGCUAAACACUUGUGUCUUAUUUUCAAGUGAAUCUUUCGGAAAUAAAAUGAAUGACCCUUACAUUUUAUAGGAUUUUUUCUUAAAUGGGAAUCAGUGAUGAUAGAUGUACAUCCAUGCACUGGUAUUUGGAAUUUACAUUUAUAGAAAGGCUUUAAUUUAGUGUCAUGAUUGUUAUUGAUUAUGAAACUCUGUAAGAAAAUAUUGAUUUAAAUUAUUUUAUAUUAUGAAAAUAGAUUUUGAAAUCUA